GAGUUCAAUGCGUAAAAGAAAAUUGGUAUUUAUAUUUGGAGCCCUGAAGCAGUGGGAAGACAAGACUGGCGGUGGGGGGGGGGUGUCUCUUUGCAGCGUGCAGCGGGAGGACUGGAGGUUGGUGACAGCAGACAGAGGAGGCGCAGCGACGAAGCUCUGCACUUUUCAGCAGUGAUCGCUGUCGGUCUCUGGCUGCCUCAGCUGCAGUGCUUCCGAUCUUUAACACACGCACAAGACUGUUAGUGAGCGAUGGAGCCUUUCUUCUUUCAGGGAAGCGCUGUACCAAGGUAGAGGAAGUCCCUGAUUAGGAAGUUCGUUUUCUCAGAUGGUAGUCAGCUGGGAACGAAGGAGGCGCCUCUUCUCUGAGGGAUCCACUAUUUGUAGUCUCUGCGCUUUAAUUAUGCCCGAGCUCAGCUUUGGAUCCUGCGUGUUGCUGAUGCUGCCGCUGCUGCGUCUGAAUCGGGGUUCUUCUUUGCCUAUAUUUGGAGUUAUCUGAGCAGGCGGGUAACAUCGCGUCCAGGUCAAAUGACCGUCCAACGCUCGUGAACGUGAUAAGAACUAACUGUGACAUGGAAAAAACGGGACUCCACGGGAUCCUUUAUUAUUUCCUUAUCAACUCAGCCUGUAUGAUUUGUGCCAAUGCUACAUUUACUGAAGUCCCUAAAGAUGUGAGUGUGGGGGAAGGAGAUGAUGUUGAGAUGCCCUGCGCCUUUAAAGCUGUCAGCUCAGCACCCAUGUCUUUGGAGAUCCAGUGGUGGUACCUGAAGAAAGAUAUGUCUAAAGAUGAGCUGCAGAUCACUGCUCCGACUAACAGAGCCAAGGAUGUUUCAAGAGAAGCCACAAAAAUAAGUACUGUGCGUGUUCAGGGCAAUGCCAUCUCUCACAACCUCAGCCUGUCCAAGGUGAAGAAAGAAGAUGAGGGCGUGUAUGAGUGCCGUGUUUCUGAUCUGUGGGCUGCUGAAAAUCAGGAAUUUAAUGUUCAUGCUACACUGCAUGUCACACUGGCUGACAGUAUGGUGGCUGAAGAGGCUGUGUCACACAUUCAGAACUGUGGAUCACUGAGGAAUACCAUCACAGCUUUGGGAGGUGCCUCAUCUUGGAGGGCCACCUCUGAGCCUCGCAAAAAUUUUGCAGGAGGUCGAAUGCCAGGGCUGGGGAAGCACCGGGUGUCUCAAGAGUCUCAGCCUGGUCUCCUGUCUCCCUUAAUAUCCACCACCUCAGUGGCCAGGUCAACAGCUACACCCCUGUCAGGAAACACAGCCAUCCUCAGGCAGCAGUAUGGGGCUGACUGCAGUGUGAUGAGCCCCAUGGACCCACUGCUGUGCAUCACUCUCCUGUUCAUGCAUAAGCUCCUCCCAUUAUUGCUGGCCCACUGAAGAGAAAUCAGGCAAACCUGUGAACCUGCAGCAUUCUUACUUUGUAUAUCAAACAGAAACCUAGCAGCACUCAAUGGUUACCAGAAAGGGGGGGACACAUUUAAUCAGUGUACAUCUAUGGUGUUGCAUCACAUCUUUGCUAGGAGUAAAAGCAAAGCAACACAGAACGCAGGAGCUUGACACACAAAUAAAAGAGAUGGACCCCUUGAUGGCUGACAGCGAACAGGAGAAAAGAGCGUAUAUAAAUAAAACCAGCAUCACUAAUGAUCCACAGAAUCAUUCAGCCUGUGUACUCUGUGCUCAAACACUCCGCACUGCCAAUUUGACCACACACAGAGGCUAGAGUGUAUUUGUCUAACGUGUCAUGCCGUCCUUCUUGCACACACACAUGCCACCACCACCACCACCAUCAUUAUCAUCUCAUAGCUGUGUUGAAUAAUGUAAACGAAAAUUAAUAUGCUGAUAUAUUUUUAGAGAGAUAAGGCUCACUUUACCACUGACACUAAUUACCUCUGUUGAUGUUUAUUUUUUUGACACUUUUCAUUUGUAUUACAUGACAUGAUUUACUUGUGACAGCAGCUGAAAACCGUUUAUUGUUUUCCUAAUAAAAGGUAGACU